AUGGAGUGGCAUGAGAUUCAUGCCACUGCCAUCAGGAACAUCAGAGGAGUCUUGGACAAUGCCCCAGUCGAAGAAGUUGAAGAAGAAGAAGAUGAUGAUGAGGACCCAGUAGUUGUACCGAUGUUUGCGAUGGUGUGCGUUCUGCUGGCGAUUUUUGGACUUGCUAUCAAGCAAUUCCAUAAGGAAAGAAGCAGCAACUUCCUGACCAACUUCUCUGUUGGGUUCUCGUCUAUCGGGUUCCCAAGCGGAAGUGAGGCCGUAUUCGUCGUCUACAACUUCAUCCUCACCAAGAAUUCAUUGAAGUGGAAGUGGAGAGUCAUUUGCAGUCAAUUUUAA